UAAGCAGCUGGAAGCUUCAAUACCAGCUACCUCCCCCCAUGUUUAUUGUCUGACUGAAAUGUUAAUUUCUGAUUAAAAAAAUUUUUUUUUUCUUCAAGUACAUACAGUUUAGUGUCUGUUUUGAUAUGUUAACCACGUUUUCACAAUUUCUUAAAAGAAAAAUCUGUGUCUUUCCUUGUGUUAAUAAUAUUUGAGCUACCAAUUUAUUACUAUUUUACUCAUCUAUAAUGUCAUCCACUAUCAGUUCAGGGUCUGAGAGAAGUCUGUUUCUUGGCCCCAGGAUUCCUAAUCAUACAAAAUCCUUAAAUCGUUUAUUACAGAAUAUUAACAGAAACAUCUUCCGCCAGCUUCUAAAAUUAGCUGUGCAAGAUUUUGAAGGAAAACAAGUUAAUCCGCAGAGGUAUCUUGCUAUUAAAGAUGCAAGCGAUGAUAAUUGUGAAAUCGAUGUCAUUUAUGGAGCUCUGCUUUAUCUAUUGAAAUGUGCAUUGAGCUUUCCCGGAGGAACUUUAAAACCUGAUAUUUUUAAAGAAGACCUUCGAGAAUUAAAAAUUACUGACGAUUAUAUUGAGGAUCUUUCGAAUGUUGUUUAUGGUUCCAGGUGUUCGGCUAACGUCGAUGAUUCUAAAUGCAUAAUUCCACGUUUCUCUAAGCUUGAAAUUUUAAGAUGGAGAGUUGAUGUUGCCAUAUCGACAAGUUCCUUAAGCAGAGUUCUUGAACCAACUCUAAUAAUGGAGUUGAAGCUAAUCAAUGGACAGAAAGAAAUAUUUGAAGUAACUCCAUCUCAAUUUCAUAGAUUAAGAUUUGCUGUUGCUGCCUUACUGAAGGAGAUAGAAUGUUUAGAAAUGAGAAAUGUGUUGAAGUCUUGACUUACUGAUUAAAAUACUUUAAUGAAUGUAUUGCCAUAUGCAAAACUACUUUUAUAAUUUUCUUGCCUAGGUUAAUUUCAAUUGAUUGAUUUUACAUGUUAAUCACAUUGUAAUCCUUUAUACAUCUAUUACAUUGUAAUAUUGUUUUUAUCAUAUUUUUGAAUAAUGUUAUGAGAUAUUUCCAUAUUGAUAUCCGUUGUCGACAAGACACUAAGGAAUUUCAAACUUUAAAAAUAAAUAGGUUGAGGUUCGCCAAGGGGAGGCGAUAAGUAUAUCCUUUAAGUUGGUUCUCUUCUAGGAUAUUCUUUUUUGUUCCUCACAUUAUGUUAUCGGAAAGUCACCGAGACUUGCCGAUUAUUUUGUCAUAGAUACCGAAACAGGAACCUUAUAAAUGUUAUUAACUCAGCACUUUGUUGCAAAAUUAGUAAGCUCCCUAAAAAGUUAUUGAAUCAAAUUUUUUUGUAAUUGGUUUAAAAUUAAUCCAUAAAUAAAAUAACAAAAAUUAAUGGUGACAUUUCUUUUUAAACUAUAUAUACUCUAACCUAUUGCUUAUUCUUUUAAUGCCGAAAGGGCAUUUUCAAAUUAUUAAUAUUCCAUUGUAAUUUUAUUAUUAAAAAUUAGAUGUUAUUAACUCGAUAUUUUGCUACAAAAUAUGUUAGUUAUACCCUGAUUUUGAACCUAAUUUUUAAAAGUGGAUAUAAAAUUAAUCAAUGGAUAUAAAGAAAUAUCUCAAUUUUUUUCUGUUUCAAAUAAUAGAUCUUCUAAUCCAAUGUUUCUCGUUUUGUUAUGGCUAAAACUCUAAACAUACUUUUUUAUUUUUGUUGAAAUUGUUUAUAUACUUUUUGUUUAAACCAAUCUAAGAUUUUAAUAAAUAUAUAUUAAUUUUGAGGUCAA